AUGACCGUUCUCAAUCGCAAUUACGGGCCCUUGGAGUUGAACGUGCGAUCGUACAACGGAAACUUUCCUGGUCCAACGCUGUCCUUCGAGGCCGGCCCUGCCCCGACUCUCCCGACGAUCCUCAGCGUGACGCUACUGAACAAGCUGGAGAAAACAACGAGCUCGACGACGGUGAAGAACAAGGUCGACGUCAGAGACUCGUUCGGCCUCAUGGAGAAGACUAUCACCGUUCAACGUGUGCCACAGGAUGUGGCAGCCUGUGCUUACGUGGACGUGGGAACAGGAGCAGGCCGUGAGACGAUGUAUGUACAGAGGGUCGCGUCGACCGGCUCGUUGGACGUUGACAGGGGGACGCUAGGAACAACCCCGAAAGUGCAUGAGGUAGGCUCCAGAGUCAUCACAAGCAACAUGUCGCUGUGCGACUUCCCGAAGCAGGAGAACCACUCCAACUUCUACGUGUAUGGCAUGGCAAACGUGACUGCGGAGCACGUCAGUUCGCUAGCGGAAGCACAAGGCAACCUGACGACGGACUAUUUCUUCGACUUCGCACAUCCCCGUGGAACUUUCUUGUAUCAUCCGAUGUGGAUGGGAUCUGCUGGCCUGCAGUCAGGAGGAGGGAUGGCUGGCAUGUUGGUAGUGAGAGACUCCGUGGGUGACGCUGAAACAGCUUUCCUCAAUCUCCGCGAAGUCCACCUCCUCUUUCAGCAGCUAUCGUACCGCAACCCCAGCGACACUGACGUGAACAGGUUCUACGAUCACGGCUACCUGCAGAAGUUCAACUAUGAUGAGUUGGUGACCAAGUGGAAUGUCACCUUCGACGCCAACGCCAUCAACGAUCCCGAAUGGAACGAUGCUGUAUUAACCAACGGCCAGUUUGUUCCCAGCUUGACCUUACUUGCUGGGCAAGCACGCGAUGGCUGCACAACUUUUCUCCUCGCCGUUGACUCUCUCUACAUCAGAGACGGAAACAGUCCGCGGAAGCUUCUCUCGUCAGGUCAAGACGCAUCUCAACGAUGCACUACACAAGGGCAGUACGUCCUGAGGAGCCAGGCAGAUCCAGCAAACGACCCGUUGCUGGGAACGGGUGCAGUGAGAAAGCAGCAGGACCUUCUGGUUGUCAACAUUCAAUCUGGAACUGGAGCUGCUGAUCCGCUCCCAGCAAUCAUGCCCGUGAUGCCGGAUAGGUUCAACGUCAGCCUGGUGGAAGCGAAGGUUUCUGCAAGACAACUUGUACUUGUCGGUAGCAGCGGCUCAAGGAUUCUUCGAACGGUUCCUCCAACUGACCCAGUCGCGAUCACUGAGAGGAAUCUUCCAUGGUUGACUAUGAACGGCGACGUGCACCAUGGAGGUCAAGUCAGACACUGCGUUGUCAAGGACUCGAUCCAGGAAUGGGAGAUCCAAGGAGUCGGCCAGGGAUUCUUUACCUUCCACCUCCAGUCCAACUACUUCAUGAUCCUCUCUAGUCCAGCUGGACAAGACGUGGGGAGCUGGAGGGACACCUACGCCGUCCAAGGAGGCUCUAAGGUUGUCAUCCGCUUCAAAGCCACAAACAUCAGCGGCAACUUCCUGUUCAUGUCCUCCUUCCUCUCCAACGUGGACGUCGGGCAGGCAAGGAGGAGCGACCUGCUCGCUGUGCUGUGA